AUGAUACCCGGACAGACAGUGUCUGCUCAAGCAGGCCAGCGUCGCCGGUUCACCAUUCAGAGCGACUUCGGUAGUGCCAGACAAUCGAGGAGCCGAAAGAGUCGGCCAUGCGAUGCGUGCCGGAAGCGCAAGACGGCCUGCGUCAUCAGGUCGGCGCCACCAUGUGUUUUCUGCAAGACGAGGGGUCUGGAUUGCCAGUCUUCCGGCGCCGCUGCGAGGACCAAUACACCAACACCAGUCUCGCCUGGGGCCACCUCCGAGCUGCCUGAACGCGUCCCAACCCUGUCUCCCGAGGUUGUCGUGUCUCAUAACCCCCAGCUACCGGCUCACACUCACGCAAGUCCUUCGGUCGACGCGUCAGCCGGGGCCGUCCGACUCGAUGCGUCGGCAUCCUCGCCCGGCGGAUUACCGAUCUUCUCCACCCCCUCCUCCGUGCCGUCCAUCGGCGUUCCUCCGCUUAUCCGAACAUUGGAAGACAAUCCCGGCCAGACGUCCCACAGUAUGGGUCUGGCUGCCGAGCAGGACGCGAACCUCCUCAGUUCGUUCCGCUCCGUCAUCAUGAACGGCCUCGAGAUCGACGCCGAGUUCGUCCAGGUGUGUCCUGGUUCGCAAGAGACGGGCAAGCCUCCGGUGCACUUUUAUCUCGUCGUCAACGAGUUCUUCCCCCACGACGAUAAGGUCAAGGAGGAGUGCUCCGACGCCAUUGAGGAGCUUGUCGCACCGCAUAGCGACGGCCUCAUUCGGGCGUACUUCAAGCACGUGCAUCCAGUCCUACCAGUCGUCUCCAAGGGUCGGUUUCUGAGGCGGUACGCCGAGAACAGGCGGCAGAUGUCCGCUUCUCUUCGUGGCGCGAUCUACGCCUUGGCAUGCGUCUUUUGGGACCAGGAGCCUUCUUUGGCAGGGCCGUGUCCCUUCGAGCAGCACGCAGUCGCCGACAUCGCCUUGACGUCGCUGCAGAGAGAGCUAGACUCUCCCAACCUCGACAAGCUGCAGGCGAGCCUGCUGCUGCUGCACCUGAAGCCCUGCGACGUCGACAGCGUGGAGCACCCUCGAACGUGGACCAAAACGGCCGAGACUGUGGCCUGCGCGCAGAUGAUUGGGCUUCAUCAGGAUGCUGAGAUGUGGAAUAUCCCGGCAUGGGAGAAGAAGCUCAGAAAGAAAAUGUGGUGGGCAACUUUUGCCGCCGACGUGUGGUCGUCUCUGGGUCACGGCAACCCACCGCACAUCUAUCCAGGCUCGUACAGCACAUCGCAACUAACAAUUGAGGACAUGUCAUUUGACGAGGAUGUUCCUGCCGACCUCCAGCAAUUUGCUGAUACGGCCAGUAGUAGCAAGCAGCGAUUCACGGCUGUGCGUUUUCUGGAACAUGUCAAACUAGCACAGAUUCUGCGCGAGGCUCUCGGUAUAAGUUUCCAAGUUCCUCGGAAUACGACCACGGACGAGAGCUUCAUGAGUCCACGGCGAACAUUAAUAGACAUGAAGGCCGACUUGUCGCACUGGCAGGACAUGCUGCCUCGAUGCCUGCUCAUUCCCACGCACCCGUCAGACCUGGCAUGCCACAACGCGGCGCUCCACCUCGGCGACUACGCCACGCAAGCCCUCAUCUUUCGUGGCCUCAUGGCACCGGCCACGAGGGCGUCAAGGUCAGAACCCGCGUCCAACCUGCGGAAAUGGUUUCCCGUAGCUCUGGGCGAGUUCGCAGGCUUUCCAGCGUACAUGGCACGCAUCAACCUACAGGACUUGAACGGGUUCUGGGGUCGCCACGCCCGCUCGCAGCUCAUCCUCUGCGGCAACUUUCUCAUCUACCUCUUUCUUCUGGCAGCUGACAAGGAAGACGUCAGGGCGGCGUAUAGUCUCAUUGACAGCUUCCAUGGGUCACUGUCGCGGCUGGAGAGCUUGGCAGGCCCGGCAGCAAUGCUGCUCAUCGGGCCUGUGGCUCUGCGGAUGAAUUCCUUCUUCGCACAGGCACCGGAUCUGAUGAGAGGCUUGUCGCAGGUGGAAGGGCUGACCCCUGGUGGCUAG